CCACCUCUCCCACCACCACAAACCUUCGACAUUCUCCCACCUCUCCACGCCCUCCUCUCUCGUCUGGAGCCCUCCUUGAACGUGUAUACCCCCGACACAUCAGCCGCCCUUCCACCAAACAAUGCUCCCCACACACCAGUCACCUCAGCCUCUGCACUACCUACCUCGGCACCACAACAACUAGACUACAAAGACGCCGCCGUAGCUGCACAAUUCCUAAAGAGCAGGAUAAGAAAAGCUUUGGCUGAUCUGGGUGGCUUGGCCGAUAUGCACAGGGGUGUCGAGGAGCAAGAGGAAGAGAUCAAGAGCUUGGAAGACAAGAUCCAGAGACAGAAGGACGUCUUGGCUAGGUUGGCUGUUUUG